CCGAAAACCUAACAGAAAGGUUUGGACGAAAACCGAAAGUGUAGUCGCCCCCAAAUACGAUAUCCCCUCCUUAAACCCUAAACUCCGCCUUUCUUCUCUUUCAACUUCGCCUAAAUUCCUUGUAGUUUCAUUCCUAAUAUUCAAUUCAAUUGAUCAUGGGUCGUAAAAUCAAGGAUGUAACGAGCUCAGGCGGCGAGGAAGAUCGAAAAAUCAAGCGUAAGAGAAAGCUUGAAGAAGAAGAAGCUCAAAUCAAUGGCGAAGUGGAAGAAACCCCAGAUGUUUCAGCUUCUAAAAAGUUAGAAAAGAAGAAGAAAAAGAAGGACAAGAAAAAUGGGAAGGAAGAGGGUGCUACCCAGUUGGGUUCUGAGCAAGAAUUGAAAAAUGGGGCUGAAUUGAGUGAAGGGGUUGGCGAGGAGAAGAAGAAGAAGAAGAAGGAGAGCGAUGGUGAUAAGGGUGGAGAAGAGAAGAAGAGUUAUGGCGGUGUGGUGGUUUCUGGGAAGAAUUCCGGCGAUUCAAAGUAUGCGCCUUUGAAUUCAUUUGCUGAUUCUAAGCUUCCUGAUAAUGUUCUUGAAUGCUGCAAAGGGUUUGACAAGCCUUCUCCUAUUCAAGCUCAUGCCUGGCCUUUCCUUUUGGAUAACCGCGAUUUUAUAGGGAUUGCUCAAACUGGGUCAGGUAAGACUUUAGCGUUUGGAAUUCCUGCAAUAAUGCAUGUUUUGGGCAAAAGGAAAGGUGAUAAUUCUAGAAGAGUGAACCCAAUUUGCCUUUUCUUGUCACCUACAAGGGAGCUUGCACAACAAAUUGCAGAUGUCCUUUGUGAUGCCGGGAAGUCUUGUGGCGUAAAAUCUGCUUGCUUUUAUGGAGGAACCUCGAAAGGACCUCAAUUGUCUGCUUUGAGGUCUGGUAUUGAUUUAGUCAUUGCGACCCCAGGGCGUUUGAAGGAUUUGAUUGAAAUGGGUAAAUGCCAUCUGCAAGAUGUAUCCUUUGUGGUGUUGGAUGAAGCAGACCGUAUGCUUGACAUGGGAUUUGAACAAGAUGUCCGUUCUAUAUUGAGCCAAACAAACUCUGAUCGGCAAAUGGUGAUGUUCAGUGCUACUUGGCCUAUGGAGGUUCAUCAACUGGCAAACGAAUUUAUGGAUCCAAACCCUAUCAAGGUAGUGGUCGGUUCAGAGGAUUUGGCUGCCAAUCACGAUGUCAUGCAGAUAGUAGAGGUCUUGGAAGAGAAUACACGUGAUAGACGCCUUGUGGCCCUCCUGGAUAAAUACCAUGAAGCACAGAGGAAUAGAGUAAUAGUAUUUGUCUUGUAUCAGAAAGAAGGAGAUCGGGUGGAGAGGAUGCUGCAAGGAAGGGGCUUGAAUGUUGUUGCUAUACAUGCUGGUAAACCGCAAUCUACACGGACUAAAUCUCUGGCCAUGUUCAAGACUGGAACAUGUCCACUAUUGAUAGCAACUGAUGUGGCUGCACGUGGAUUGGAUAUUCCGGAUGUUGAAGUAGUCAUCAACUACAGUUUUCCCCUCACUACAGAAGAUUAUGUCCACAGGAUAGGGAGAACUGGACGAGCUGGUAAAAAGGGUGUUGCUCACACAUUUUUUACCAAAGAGAACAAGGGUCUUGCUGGGGAGCUGGUGAAUGUUCUCCGAGAAGCUAACCAGAUUAUACCUCCUGAUCUUGUCAAAUUCGGCACUCAUGUUAAAAAGAAGGAAUCCAAGCUCUAUGGUGCUCAUUUCAGAGAGAUCACAGCCGAUGCUCCUAAAUCUACAAAGAUAACAUUUGCUGAUUCUGAUGAUGAAUGAUUUUGAAGAUGAUCCAAAUCGUUAAUCCUCAUUUGAGAUUACGAAAUUGAAAAAAGAAACUCGAUAAAGGCUUAGUAGUAUUGAGCUCUUCGGUGAAGCUCGAUGGCACAUCUUCUUGCUAUACCAUUUGCAUAAAACUUAAAGAUGUUCAGAAAGGCAGUCAGAAGAGAAGGGGUAUAAAGCUUGAAGUUUCAUAUUUAGAUUGGUAUUAGUGAAGCUAAUUAUGCCUUGUAUUAUGCAUUUUGGUAGAGUUAUUUUAGGAUAUUAUAGAGGAUCUUCAUUAGUAUUAUUAAGCUCGGUUUUGUAGUUAAUUUUGAUGUCACAGUAUAAAGUGUGGAUAUAAUCAGAUUAUUUUGAAGUUAUAUUCAGGUUGAAUAUGUUUA